AUGUCAACGCCGCAGGUGAAACGGGUUUUGGUGAACUGGACAAUGGAGGAUGCGCCUCAGGUGCGGAGAGUUCUUACGGAAGCCCUUAAUGUGUGGGCCCACAGCUCCAAGUUGACGUUUCGCGAAGUGUUAAGUGAUCAAGCCGAUAUUCAAGUUCUUUUUGCUAGGGGCGACCAUGGUGAUGGAUACAAAUUCGAUGGGCCUGGUAUGGUACUUGCCCAUGCCUUCUACCCGGGAGUGGGACGUGGCGGUGAUGCGCAUUUCGAUGCCGACGAGAAGUGGCAAUUUAGUAGCGGCGAAAGGGGAGAUACAACAAAUUUUCUUGGUGUGGCAGUGCACGAGUUUGGACACUCUCUGGGCCUGGGACAUUCUUCCGACAAAAAUGCUAUUAUGUACCCGUGGUAUCACGAUAAUGAUGUAGAUAUUAAUCUUCCCGAUGAUGAUCGGAAUGCCAUUCAGCAGUUAUACGGUGCUAAAGAAAAGACAUGGGGCCCAUUCAAACCUCAGCCACGUCCAAAAACUACACCAACUACUACAACAACAACGCGUCGGCCUCUGGUUUACUACCCACAAUAUCCAAAUUAUCCACAAUAUCCGCAACAGCCACGUUAUCCAUCGUACGAUCCUUAUGAUCCACGUCGUCAGCCACCCUACAAUCCACAUCAUCGUAACCGUGAACCGCUCACCACCAGCACAACUACAACUACCACCACGUACAGACCACGUACGGACUCACCGUCGGGUCCGACCAAGAAUUGGUCACAACGUCGUCACCCAACUAAGCCCAGAAAAUUGAAACCAGACACCUGCCAAACCAGCUAUGAUGCCAUUUCAAUUAUACGUCGCGAAACUUUCAUAUUCCGAGGACAGUUUCUUUGGCGAAUCGGAGAUCGUGGUCUUUAUCCAGGUUAUCCCACCGAAACUCGUCGUUUAUGGACUCAAUUGCCGGAAAAUUACACCAAAGUCGACGCUGUCUAUGAGAAUCACGAUCGUAAAAUUGUUUUCUUUAUAGGUCGUUUUUACUACAUCUUCGAUUCAGUUAACCUAGUUCGGGGCUAUCCGCAACCACUCACCUCUUUGGGUCUGCCAUCAUCACUAACCCACAUAGAUGCGGCAUUCGUUUGGGGCCAUAACAACCGCACCUACCUCACCAGUAGCACUUUAUACUGGCGAUUAGAUGACGACACUGGACGCGUUGAAUUGGACUACCCGCGAGACAUGUCCAUAUGGCGUGGAGUAGGUUACAACAUAGAUGCCGCCUUCCAGUACAGCAAUCGCAAGACAUACUUUUUCAAAGGCUACGGCUACUGGGAGUUCAACGACGAUCUAAUGGAGGUAGCGCAUCCACGUCCAAAGCUCAGUGCACGUAAAUGGAUGAAUUGCCAGCGACGAGUCAACGAAGUAGACGAGGAACAAACAUGGACAGCACCACUCAUUUCGGAACGAAAUGAAACAAUGGAUGCCAAUUUAUCUGGCGGUACACGAGGAAUUUGGAAUCACGCUGAGCGGGGGGCCCUCCUCUGGGUUACGCUAUUGCUGACAGUGUGUUGGUGGUAUCCAGGUCUAGUUUAAUAAGUUGUUAGAAUUUAGAAUCAACAUGCGUUCACACAUUGCCCAACGUAUUACAAAUACAUGCGGUCUAAACUAACUAGGCUUCAUUAACAAAGAAAAGCAUUCAUACAAAAACAUAUAAUUAGUCAUUUAGUCCAUUUAAAUUGCAUCCGAAAGCUUUGUCAUUUGACGGAAAGAUUUUUCGUUAUCCUGUUUUUAAAAUUAUUUACAUACAUGCAUACAUUUUAUAUAUAUAAAUAGCACGUAUAAGAAUGAAUUCACCAUUGCAAUUUGAGAAAAGAAACUACUUCGAAGAUAAUAAAUCAAACAUUAUUUUAAAUAAGCAAAUAAGUCGUCAUGUUAGCUUAGUUACAUACAUACAUAUAUACAUAAUUUUUGCGGCAUAAAACCACGUUUGUGUUUAGUAGCUUUUUUAUAUAAAUAUUUUAUGAUCAUAUACAUACAUACACUUAUUGAAAACAAGUAUUUUUAGCUAAAUCGAAAUUAGAUAACGGCAAAAUAAGUAGCGAAGGAAUAAAUGACGAAGCACAUCUUGGGUGUGUCCGAGCCAUGCAAAAAUUACCGCAAUAUCGCAGCCUUCUUACUUGUUUGAUACAAGUGCACACUCCGCUGCUGAUACUCAGAACGUGAUAUUUGAAAAACUUAGAAAUAAUGAUGGAAAUGCUAACAUAUUUAAUAACUGAUGCGAAUGCCAAGGCAAAAUUUGCACUAAAAAUUUAAAUUGAAGCGCUAUUAAGAGAUUUUUUAAAAUUUUCAUAGAAUUAGAAAAACAUAGUUUUCCUUUUUUAAUGAAAUAAAAUCACAUGACACUUCUAAUAAAAUUCAUAUACGUAUGUACGUACACAUAUGUACAAAUAUAUAAAGUAAUUAAAGUAUAUGAAUUCAUAUCACGUUGUUUAGUAGCUAUAAAUAAAAUAUUGAAAAAAAAAUGUAUACAUAGAAAAUUUGCGUUUUUAUCCACAGAUGUGUUGAGUGCAUUCAUCUUCAGUACAUCAGUAAAGAAAACUCGGAAACAAUUUUAACGGUGUUAUGUAUUUUUUCAUUGGAUUCCCGAAAGUAAUUUGUAAUGCUUUUCAAACAUGUCCUUUAUUGUUCAACAAAAAAGAAUUAAAUUGUUUUAAUGCAGCAUCAACAUUUGCCUGCAUUUUAGUUCCACUUACGAGUUCUGAAGCAGUUUUAAUGAUAGUUCGGUGCAUCCAUUUUUUUAUGUAUUUUGAGUGGUAGGCGCAAUUUACAUUAAGAAAUAUCUAUCUCUUUUUUCUUGAAAAGCUACGCUAAUAUCAAGCGAUGUAUUCAUCAAGAAGUUAACUUACUGAAUUUAAUUUCGCCGUAUUGUUUAAAAUGUCACAAAUUUAACUACGAAAUGUGCGAAAGAAAGUUCUAAAAAAAUCUAAUUAUGCCAAACAAGUAUUCUGAAAAAAAGGAAUUAUGCCUUAAGCAUUAUUAUUAUUAAACAUAAAAGUAUACCCUUUUUUUGGCUAAGAAAAAUUAUGCAUUUACCUCUAGGUAUAUUUGUCUUAAUUUAAAACGCCCAUAUACGCCACUCGUGAAGUAAAUGAAAAUGAUAAAAUAUGAAAAUUCCCUUAUUUCUUUUAGAAUUCUUUGAAAUAACCAGCUCUGUGUAAAUAAAUUACUGCAAUAUCUAUUAUAGCAGAUUAUCAGCUGAGCACCAGGAAAGGAGUAUCAAUCCUGUAGUACUCGUAUUGCGGCAAUUAUUGCGGUGCUGGAACACACCUAAUGUUUUUUUAAUAUUCUAAAAAAAAAAACACAUACCUAUAAAUGGAAAUGUAAUGCAAUAUACAAAUAUACUCGUAAAUAUUUAUUGUAAAUAAACAUGCACUUGUACAUUAGUUCGAAAUAUGUUUGGUUUGGUACUGAGCAAAUCAAACUAAACGUUAAAAAUUGUGACGGCAUCGUCUUUCUCGCAAUGGAAUUAUUUUUCAAAAGUAAGGAACUGUAUUUACAUUUUGACUAUAAUCAAAAUCACCAAAACUGCCUUUUACCUAUGGAUACACAUAGAUGCAUACUACACGUAUGUAUGUAUUUACAUGCACACAUGCAUACAUAUGUAUGUAGGUGUUGUACACAUUUUUUUAACUGAUUUUCUUAAACAAACAUGAAAAAUGUGAUAUUACCCUAGUUAAGUCUACGCCAGCAAAUUUUUGUACACUUCUUUUUUUACGACGAGUAAAUUAAACUAAGUUCACACAAAUUUAGUUUUACAUAAAUACAUAUAGUUUACUUUUUAAAUCGUAUGUGUAACAUAAUUUAAAUGAAAUUCAUGAUUCGCAAAUAAAGUAUAAUAAU